UGAGCGGAGUGUUUACAGACUAGCGCCGGAGCUUUAGCAGAAAUGCGAACGGUUAUUAGUGUAAAGGUUUAGAGUUGUUGUAAAUUGAUAAAGUAUUUAUCUGAGGGUGUUAAAUUUGUAGAAAUGGCUUCGUGGGCUGGGUUUUCGGAGGAGGAAUUGCGGAGGAUCCAGCAGAAAGGCGGGCCGAUUGAGGGUGUAGCUGCUUCAUUUGGCCGUGGCCGGAGAUCUGCUCCUACUAACCGGAGCAGACAGCAGCUGCAGCGGGAGAAAGCUCUACAAAUGGCUGCUCAACAGAAAGCAGCUCUCGGUGAAUCAUCAGUGUCUCCUGAAGAGCAGCUUCAACCUGCUCCAGCUCCCGCUCCCUCUCCAUGCCAAACUUAUCCAGACAAAAUACCAAAGCAAGAGCUACUACAGGCAGAACCAGUACCUGUUACAUUGGAGUCAGAAGAUCCAGCGGCAGCAGUGAAGGAACUGGACAGACAGGAAGUGGAAUUACGAGAGAAGACCCGCCUGCAGCAGCUUCAGUGGGAGCAGCGAAUGAUGGAAGAGAAGAAUAAAAGAGCCAAAGCCCUCCUGGCUAAGACCAUCGCUGAAAAAUCUAAGCAGACUCAAGCUGAAGCAAUAAAACUGAAGAAAAUUCAAAAGGAGCUCCAGGCUGUGGAUGAUUCUGUGUCCAGUGAUAUUGGUGUCCUCAGGAGUCUGAUCGAGCAGGCCAGUCUGGAGUACUCCAUAGCAUGGAAGCGCUUGGAAAAGGCUGAGGCAGAGUAUGUGGGAGCCAAGCUUGACCUGCACAAGAAGACUGAGAUUAAAGAGCAGCUAACUGAACACCUCUGCGCCAUCAUCCAGCAGAACGAGCUGCGCAAGGCACGCAAGCUGGAGGAGCUUAUGCUGCAGCUUGAGUUGGGAACGGAUCAGGAAUCCCUGGAAGCACAGGGAGAAGAGGGUGCGGAAAUACAAAGCCCCGUCCCAGCUGCUACAGUGAACGAAACACGGAUUCAAACAGACUGCACAGAUAUUAAUGUGGAGAGAGUGACUGUAGAAAAGAUGAGCGAGGGUCAGGAAAGAGAACUGUUCACAGCUACUGCAAGUGGCGAGGUCUAGUGUCCUGCUUAACACACACCGUAUGAAUUUACCCAUGACCCAUAGAUAAUUUUCUAGCAAUAAGGCUUAAUCAUGAAUAGUCAUGGUAGUUUUAAUAUUGUUUAUUAUGGUGGAGGGUGUGGGAAGUAAAUGUGCUUAAGGACUUGAACAAAAUACUUGAGCAAUAUCACAUGAGGGGCAAUGACAGCACGGCUGUGACGCAGUCAUACUGUAGGCCCAAGGGUGCAGCAAAAGGACAGAAGGUUUGUAUCUCAGCUGUGCUGUUAUUCAGUACAACAGCACCACCUUUAGUGUGGUAUUGCUUUUAUGCAACAGUUCCACGAACAACUUUAAUUAUCAACAAAAUAUUAGUUGUUUAUUUGACCAGUUAUUUUCGCCAAAACUUUCUUUCCAUGCCUGGCGUAAACACCUAACCGCGACUGGUGGAGCUGGCGACCAACUAGCGAGUGUUGUGAACAGGGGUACUGUGUAGCCAAAGGUGAGGAGAAUAAACCAUAGAGGUGAUGGACAGUCCUGAGAAACUUGUAUGGUUUAUUUUAUAUUUCAGCUUUAGAAAAUCAGCUCCAUUAACUUCUGAAAGAAUUCCAAAUAGCAUUAAAUACAAAGCUAAUGCACUGUGUAGAGUGUACAAUCACUUAUUCCACACACCAGGUAGUACCUUUUAUCUGUUGUUAGAGAUGGAUUUAGGAAAGUUAACCUUCAGGGCAACGGUUCAGAGAUGAUUUGGAAUGACUUGAAGGCAGUUAUUAAGUAGACAAACUGUUGUUUAGAAUGACAACAUUAUUUGGUGUGUUUUGUUUUCUCUCAGGUUUUGAAUGGGAGUUUUGGCAGGCAGCUGCUCUCUCUUCAAUACUGCAGAACGUACAGACCCACUUUUACCCAUCCUGCAACCGACAGUUAGUGUAAUGAAUGAUUAUUAAACACUUUAGACGCAGAGUGAUGCAUAUAGUUCAACGUCCCAAUGCUGUUACACACUAUAUAUGUAUCACUAUUCAUAGAGUGGUGUCAUCCAAUCAGAUUACUCAGUUUGAACUAACUGUUGUGUAAUGUUUGUUACACACAAGGGUUUCAUUCACGUUAAGUUUGAUGUCCACUUUUAAGGAUAUUGAGUUGCUUUGAUUUUCCUGUAAAUGUCUGUUUGUUAAUAUAUCUAACACUAAGCUCUAAAGUCUUUAUCGAACAUUUACUAUUGUCGUAUUUCACAAACACUUAUUUGAAAUUUGAGGUUUACUUGAAAAUGUGCAAUGGUCAAACAGCUUGACGGUUAUAUUUUUAUUAUAUGAGGAAUCAUGAGAUAUGGCAAAUUCACUCAUUUUUGGCCCUUACAGUAUGAAUUAUUCAGGAAGGACAAUAGACUGGGCAAAGUGUUUAACACAAGUUGAUAUGGAAUAAUUUAUGGGUUCUGGUUCCACAAGUGAGACAUAACCUUCAGUUGGACAGAAGGUUCUUUGGUGAAAUGUUUUGAACUUGUCUGUUUUUCAUUCAGGUGAAAAGCCAAGUCGAAUGCAGUGUAUUUUAUACAUUUUGAAUUAACAGAAAAAACUGUAAUGGUUCUUUUUUGUUGUUGUUUUUCUGUUUAUCAUCAAGUAAUGGUAUUAUGUUUCACAUGUGUUUGAGAUUUGAUAUUUAUAUGUGGUACACUUCAGACAUAUAUUUUAUAUAUAUGUAGUUAACAUGUUAAAUACAUGUAAAUCAAAAAAGUAUUUAAAAAAUAAUUAA